AUGAAGAUUUUCAGCGCAUGCUCGAUGCUGCUGAUGACCGUCCUGUGCGGGUUGCAAGCAGGGGUCGGCGCCGAAGCGAUCGUUAGCAACGCCCCUAACUUGGGGACCUCCGUCGGCGUGAAGCCCCUAGACAAUCGUGGUGGUUGGGUCAACCCGGAAGAUCUCGCCUCUAUGCCACAAUGCGUUGUUCAACAGGAUCACAGGACCUGGCUGGACGCCUUGACGCAUUGCACAAGCCACAGGUGCACCAGGCACUUCGGCGUAUUCUGCACCCACAAGCAAUGGCUGACCCAGCUCAGCUGCCUUCGCACCACAUUCUCACCUGAGCUCGUCAAGCAAUAUGUACCAUAUUGCAGCAGAUCAGUGCUUACCAAAGCACAAAUCAGUAGGUGGAUUCAUCAGAUCACUGAUCGAACAUGGCUAGUCGAUGUCGGGGAUACCAACGAACUACUUGAACUUACUCCAUACUCCUUGCACGAUGGCUAUGCAGCGAUCCAUGUCGUUUCCAAAGCGCCGAAAUGUCUGACGCAUGCACCGUCCGCUAGUACUGGUGAACUGUUUCAGCACGCGUUAGCAUCGUGUAUGUUCACAAGCAGCGCCCAGCACACCGGAAAUGCUGUUCGGCCCUGGGAAUACAGUGAGUCGCUUCGAUCCAUGAUAUCUCUGGAUUCAGAGACCGCUGGCUAUGAUUUGCUUGGAGUCAAGAUCACACACGGCGAAUAUUUCGACAAGACGUGCUUUUGUCAAGUCUUUACCAUCGAUUGGACACGAGAGCCUUGCUCAGAUCCAGGUAACAUUGACAUGACGAUGGAGCGGUAUUGGAUGUAUGCCACCUGUGGCAGAUCCGCACUACCCGCUGGUCUCUGGAACAAUCACCUCAAAACGACUGGAGAUCACUACAUUCCUAUCGAAGAAUGGAAAUGGCCCAAGUGUGUAGCAGACAUGCCAAAAGAAAUACUCACGCGCCGCGACCAAUGUACCACCGACGCAUGUGAUGUCAAAUCCGACGACUACUGUACUAUCAAACCGUCAGUUGACAAAGCAAGCUUUUGUCGUGAUUUCAGCUACGAGUCCUGCGGAGGCUCGUGUCAUGCCUUCAAAACUCGAAUCGAUUUUGUGCUUUGGCUUUUUCACCUUUGCCGCAAUGUCCAGGACUGGUAUGGUUUGCCAGAAAAUUGGUACCAUUCAUUGGCUCGUCCCACUCGCGCUGAAAUGACUCCAUGGCGAUGGAACGUCUCAUUCUCUGACUACAUUGGCAUCGAUAUUCCCAGUAGUGAGAGUUCGGCAGAUAAAGCUCCUCUAUGUACAUCAAAUGGAUGGAAAAUCAUGAGCCUUGCCCUGGUUAAUACAGCUACAGUCAUAGCUGUGUACUUCAGGCAGAGGAUAUACGCUUUCGAAGUGGCUAGCCAUCUUUUACGGCAAAUCGUUCCGUCCGGUUGGUUCUUAACUGGACUUUGGAUCGCGGCCAUUCAGCUGUUUGGCAACUUGCUCAAUGCAGUGCUUGUACAGAGUACAUAUGGCUAUGAGCACGUUCCCGUCAUACAAUUGAUGCUUCUCUGGUGCUCCAUGCCUCGACUAGCCUGGCUACCGAUCUGGAUUCUCAGUCGACAGCCUUUCGAGGCGAUCAACCUCUCCGCAACGGCCUCAUCCAUCUUCGCAGAGAUCAUUAUGCAAGCACUUUCUUUGUAUCCCAUGCUGACUACUGUCAAAUAUGGUCGCGAACACGACUUUUACUCUCGGGGCCUAGAACUUGCGGAAGGAGAGGCAGCAGCGAAAGCAAUGUAUACUGCCGCCCUCAUGUGGCUCUUAGUCUUCGUGGUAGCACUUGUUCAGCUCCUACUCCUCACUCGAGCCAUGAUGAACACGACCACAUCUGGACAUCGCGAUCUGCUUAAGUGGCGUAAAAUCGAGCAACCACAGCCAUCGAACAUAGCCGAGGAAUUGGCAACACAGGUCAAUGAACGUAUGCCUCUUCUAAAGUAUGAUUCGACACGGAUCCGUCGUUACACCCAAGAAGAAAACAACGCAAUGGACGAUACAGUUUCUCCGGAGAUCGAGAUUAUGCGCAUAUCACCAGAAAGUCUCUUAAGGUCAUACAUCGUGACAGUGGUUAUAUUGCUCCUCUUCUGGGCCGCUCAAUGGGUCUUCUGGGCUGGGUUCAUCAGUCUGAGUUCUGAAUUGUAG